GAUUAUUAUGGUGCAGCAAAAAGGCUUACUAAAGGCUUCUUACUGUCUGCAGACGUUCUGUGUUUCUAUGUGAAGAUAUCGUCAGCCUAAAAAAACCUUCAGAUUUUCUUUGCUACUGAAAAAAAAGAGCAUUUUUAUGUGUAGAGGUCUCAAAUGUUGUGCUGUGUGUGCUGUAAGUUUUAAAGGAAGUUUUGCAACAAGAAGGGGUGAAGACACGUCAGUAAUUGGUAACAACCAGGUUUUCCCUGGGAGAUGCUCGCAGGCCACUCCAUGAAACUGCAAUUCUGGUGGAAGACAUUGUUCACACUCAGCUGAUAAAUUUGUUGCAGCAAGCAGCUGAAGUUUCUCAGAUGAGAGGAGCUCGAGUCAUCUCUGCUGAAGAUCUCCUGUUCUUAAUGCGCAAAGAUAAGAAGAAGCUUCGAAGGCUACUUAAAUACAUGUUUUUUCGAGACUACAAAUCUAAAAUUGUCAAAGGAAUAGAAGAAGAUGACCUCCUCGAAGACAAAUUCAACAGCAAUAACACCAACAAGCGGCAGAAGCUGGCCCAGGACUUCCUCAACUCCAUUGACCAGACUGGAGAGCUCUUGGCCAUGUUUGAAGAUGAUGAGAUUGAUGAUGUCAAGCAGGAGCGCAUGGAGAGAGCAGAAAGACAAACACGAGCCAUGGACUCAGUCCAGUAUGCAGAAUUCUGUGAAAGUCGGCAAUUGAGUUUUUCAAAGAAAGCAUCCAAGUUCCGUGACUGGCUGGACUGUAGCAGUAUGGAAAUAAAGCCAAAUGCAGUUGCAAUGGAGAUUUUGGCAUAUUUAGCAUAUGAGACUGUGGCCCAGCUGGUGGACUUGGCCCUUUUGGUUAAGCAGGACAUGACUCCCAAAGCUGGUGACCCAUUCAGUCAUGCCAUAUCUGCCACCUUCAUACAGUACCACAACUCUACUGAGCCGCAUCUCUUAGGGCAGUCUACGAGUGUGAAGACCAGUCUUGACUCCCCUGAGAACACACCACCCCCUACACCCACCCCACCAGCAUCAGCAGGGCAGCAACACCUUGGAAAAACCCCCUCAGGAGCCUUGGGGAACGGUGGAAUUGGACAGGACUCCACCAAGUCCAAACAAAGGAAAAGAAAAAAGAGUGCUGCAGCCUGUGGGAUGGAGGCUCAAAGUGAUGCCAUCCAGCCCAGCCACAUCAGAGAGGCCAUUCGACGCUACGGCCACAAGAUUGGCCCCCUUUCCCCAUUCACAUUAGCCUGGAGAGGCAAAGGACAACUGAGCACAAACAGUUUCUUCCUUCCUCAUUCAGCAAGGCGUGGCGAAAGAUCUUGGCUUCUUGACAUCAAUAACUUUGCUUCAACUCAACUUGGAACUGUUUGGGCAGCCUUUCAAAAAUAAAAAGAGUGCCUACCGCAGGAACGGGAUGACUUUUCUCGCCUGCUGAUGUGGAUGUGGCUGCAGCAACAGGAAAGACAGUAUUAUAUUAAGGUGAUUUUCUUUUCCCCUCCAUGGAAGGAAAAAAACACAAGCUCCAAUGUCUCCAUGUACCAGUGAGUGGGCUGGUUUGUUGUGACUAUCUGCUGGCUGUCUCUGUCUCUUUUUCCAGCCCCCUCAAUCGUUAUUCUUGUUUACUAGCUGGAACAUUUAGCUAAUUAAUGGCAGGAUGUUUGGGAUAGGGUGUAGGUGGACAAGAAUGCAGCUCAGACAAUGCUGGAGUUUGCAGGGGACUUUCUGACUGCCAUGUCAUUUUUAUUUAAGUGUCUGGAAGUCUGUAUGUUCUCCAAAAAGUGUUUUUUUGUAAAGCAGGAUGGGGCAGGAAGAAGCCAGAGAUAGACUGGGUUGUGUUGGUUUAUUAGGUUGUAUAAAGGUUAUGUAGUUUUCUUUGCAAUUUUUACAAAAAUAAAAAACUUUUUCACUCUAUUUUCUACUAAUUCCCACUUGUUUCUUUCAAUUAACAUAAGUGUUCACAGAGUAUAAACCAGUUUAAUCCAGUGGGGCAAUUUUGAUGACAGGCAUACCAAGUUUGGAUGCAAAGAUACUCAGGAAAAGUUCAGGUAAACUCAACUUCACCAGUUAGAGACUUGCUUUUUAGCAGGCCCAAAGAUGGGCUAAGUGCUCAUACCCAAAUUUUCAAUAUUGGCAUCUCCUAAGGUUCGAGCUGUCAUUGUCCACUAUCAAGGAAAGCCUUUGCAGUGCCUUGGUACUGGAUUGGGCCCCUAUUUGGAAAAAUACAUUCUAAAGUGUUUCAGUAACUGUGUCUGUCUCGGUGUACCCUUGUAGGCAAGGGCUUAACGUUGUGUACUUGCUCAGCGUUUGCUGCAGGAAGCAGAUGUUGUCCCUCUUGUUGACAAAGGCAGCAUUACUGUUGGAUUUGCUUAAAGAAGAAACCAGCUCUUUUUGCCUUUUUUUUUUUAAUAUAUUUUAGCUAAUGUUGUUUGUUUUCAAUAUAUUUUUUUUUUUUAAUCUCAGUCCCUGCCUCUAUGCUAACUCCCGUCCCUUUGCUCCUCCAGCCUUUGCUGGCCUCACAAACACAUUCAUUUCUUCCCAUAAAAACUUUACAAAUAUAGAGCUGACCACGAUGAUGCUUGAGCAGAGAAAAGGGCUUCUGCUUCAUCCUGUCACCAGGAUCUGCUGGCACAUCCUGCUGGUGUCCCUGUGGUACCCACAGGUCAGGGCUCUUCAGCUGCCCGGAGCUCAGGCUUGGAAUCCAGCUUAAGCCUCUAGUUAAUACAGAAUACUCAAGGGAUCAAGAGGAGAACAGCAAAAUAUUUUAUAUAAUGCAGCCAUCCUCCUCCUUUGUGCUUUGUAUGUGAGGUCUUAAUUUUCACUCCUGCUCUGUGCUCUUGUGGUCAUUCAUAGGUGGUUUUGUUGUCCUGCUCUCCUGGACCUGCUUGCAAAAAUUUCAAAUAUAUGUAUAUUUUUUAAAUAAAUGGAAAAAUGUCUUUUUGCCACCAAAAUAUUGUAAAAGUGAACGUCAUACGUCCAAUAUUGCUGCUGUUCAUAAAUUGCUUUUUUCUUUUAUCUGUUUAUACUUCUGUUUUCUGGAAAUUUUCUGUGUGUAAAGGACUAAAAGCAAUGUGUAAAAUGUAUUAAAUGAGGGAAAGGGGAAGUUUUCUGAUGUUCCAUUUGUGCUUUUUGAAAUAUAUGAUUAAACUUUUCUUUUUAUCAUCA